GUCACCCCUAGGCGGAGGCGUCAGUAGACGGGCAGCAGCAGCACCCCUCCCGGCCUCGAGCACUGUACGCUCCAGGGAAACAAACGCUCGCCAUACUGAACCACAAGGGAAGCUCCUCCGACCCGUUCUGCUGAGGAUAUUAGCUCAAGUUUGACCGAUAUAGCUCGGGUGAGGCUGUGUGUUUUUCGUCGGAAAGGCGGCUUGUGUGUUGGCGGAGAGUGGAAACACGGCAUCCGGCCUCCGAGAAGCAGGCGAGGGCAGGGACUCGCGUCCGAACAACGUUUACCGUCUCUGGCCCCCCCUGCCACAGAGGCCCAUGGAGAGGAUGAAGAGGUUUAAGAGACGUUUGUCACUCACUCUGCGUGGAAGCCAGACGAUCGAUGAGUCUCUCUCGGAGCUGGCGGAACAGAUGACCAUCGAGGAGAACAGCAGCAAGGACAGCGAGCCCAUCGUGAGGAAUGGCCGGCCGCCCUCCUCCCACAGCAUGCACUCGUUUUUGCACCAGUACACGGGCUCCUUUAAGAAGCCUCCUCUGCGCCGACCGCACAGUGUCAUCGGGGGAAGUCUGGGGUCCUUCAUGGCCAUGCCUCGAAACGGCAGCCGCCUCGACAUUGUUCAUGAGAAUCUGAAGAUGGGUUCGGAUGGAGAGAGCGAUCAGGCCUCAGGGACGUCCUCGGACGAAGUGCAGUCGCCCACCGGCGUGUGUCUCCGCAACAGAAAUCAUCGGCGCAUAUCCAUGGAGGACCUGAAUAAACGCUUGUCUUUGCCUGCUGAUAUCCGGAUUCCUGACGGUUACCUGGAAAAGCUACAGUUGAGCAGUCCGCCGUUUGACCAACCCCUCAGCCGACGAUCACGUAGAGCCUCGCUGUCAGAAAUCGGCUUUGGGAAACUGGAGACCUACAUCAAACUGGACAAGUUGGGAGAGGGGACGUAUGCCACCGUUUUCAAGGGCCGAAGCAAAUUGACGGACAACCUGGUAGCUUUGAAGGAGAUCCGGUUGGAGCAUGAGGAGGGCGCUCCAUGCACAGCUAUUAGAGAGGUGUCAUUAUUGAAGGAUUUAAAGCACGCCAAUAUCGUCACGCUUCAUGAUAUUGUCCACACGGACAAAUCCCUCACUCUUGUUUUUGAGUAUCUGGAUAAAGAUCUGAAGCAGUACAUGGACGAUUGUGGAAACAUCAUGAGUAUGCACAACGUUAAGAUCUUCCUGUUCCAGAUCUUGCGAGGGCUGGCGUACUGCCACAAACGCAAGGUUCUGCACCGGGACCUGAAACCACAGAACCUGCUCAUCAAUGAGAGGGGUGAACUCAAACUGGCUGACUUUGGUCUAGCACGAGCCAAGUCUGUUCCCACAAAGACAUACUCUAAUGAGGUGGUGACCUUAUGGUACAGACCGCCUGAUGUACUGCUGGGAUCCUCAGAGUAUUCCACACAGAUCGAUAUGUGGGGUGUUGGAUGUAUAUUUUAUGAAAUGGCUGCAGGUCGGCCGCUGUUCCCAGGAUCCACCGUUGAAGAUGAGCUGCAUCUAAUCUUCAGAUUACUUGGUACACCUACAGAGGACAGCUGGCCCAGCAUCUCAUCCAUCGAAGAGUUUAAAUCCUACAACUUCCCCAAAUACAAGCCUCAGCCCUUCAUCAAUCAUGCACCCAGGUUGGAUACUGAAGGAAUAGAGUUGUUAUUGUCCUUUCUAAGGUAUGAGUCCAAGAAGAGGAUCUCUGCAGAUGAAUCGAUGAAACAACCCUACUUCAAGAGUCUAGGCAUGCGUGUGCAAACACUGCAAGAGAACAUAUCUAUAUUUACACUGAAGGAAGUGCAGCUUCAGAGGGACCCCGGUUACCGGAACUCCUCGUACCCAGAGACAGGAAACAGCAAGAACAGACGGCAGAGCAUGCUGUUUUAAGCUGCAGUCCCUUACACUCUUGCCCAUCACAAACACACACUCUCACACAAGCACACACACAAACACACACACACACUGGAUGGAUCAGGUCGAUGGCUCUUAUUCCGUGACUGUGUUGUAUAGACUAACUGACUAGUCCCCCUCGCUCUCUGAGAGAGGGUGUUUGUUGCGUGUGCAUGCGUGGUGAAGGGGAAUGGGUUGAUCCCGCUGAACCCCCCCCCCUCCCAGUGUCCCGCCUCCAGCAUGCAGCCUUGAGCCAGAACGCCCAUCGGCCCCUCGUCUGGACGCCCUCCCCCGUGUGACGCUUAGGGUGUGUGAACAUGUAUAUAUUUAUUGACGGAGGAGUUGUUUUGCUGCUAAUUGACUACUGUCUCUUCGUAACUUCCUCACUCUUGUGCGACCCUCCUGGUUGUCCCCGGACACAUCAGUCCCACGUCAAUACGUUUUUUAAUUUUUUUUUUUUUAGAAAAAUUCUAAUUCUGUUUGAAUAUUGAUAUCGCAGCUGUCCGUUUGUUGUUAUGUUGGUUUUACAGAGGUGGAAUGCGUGUUUUGAAUUUACUUUUGAUUUUCCUAGCAUGCCGAUUUCACUUCAAGACGUCCUGAAAAAACCUUUCCUUCCCAAAUAUUCAUUCCUCAAGUUUUAAAGCAUCAUUUCAAGAAAAAAAGAGUGGAUAUGUUCCUCAAAGGCCGCGUCACGUGAACGGCCUGCUCAAUCAGGGACCAUCUCAACCAGGUGGGCUUCAGAAAGCUGCAAAACGAGGGUGGAAAAAGCAAACACUGGACCAGCAGGAACUUUGUGACCUCACCAUUUUGAACUGAGAACCAACUUUCCCCUCUAUUGCAUUCAUGCGUUCAUUCACAGUGAUAACUUCCUGUCAGAACUGAAGUGCUUGUUUGUCAGAUUUUUGAUUUCUUUCUUUUACAGUCGGAGCUCCUGAUGCAUCAUCAAAACCAGUUGCAAAUGACUUUCUCCUAUUAAUAGAGCUCCUCUGAAGCUUCCGAGUGUGUGCAACGCUUGUGAACGAGCGAGAAAGUGUGAGUGUAUGUGUGAAUAUGGAGAUCAGUAACUGUACAGAGCCCAUUGCUCCAUGCAAGUGAUGGCUAUGAAGAUGAGCUAGUUUCAUUAACAGUAUUAAGAGAUUUUUUUUAAAUGUUACAUAUUGACUCUUCUGUGAAUUAUGGUAUCUUAAAGUGGCAUGUUGGAGUCCGACUGUCCCACAUGUGUGCUUGAUUUUAUUCAGAAGAGAAAAAAGAUAUUGUGUGUAUAAAAAGAAAAAGUAACGACAACACAAAAAACGACUUUUUGACAGCAGCGUUGGACCAAUGUUUCUUUUCCCAGCAUUUAUAAACAUGAAGAACCCAGAAGAUAUCAGAUUUUAAAUGACUGUUUGAAUUUUUUCCUGAACUGACAGAUGUUAAUUAAUAUUGUAAAACCGGAGUCGAUUGUUUCUGGAGAAUGCGUGCGCGAGUGUGUGCGUGAUUGCGUGACGCAUGGAAUGAGUGUUGUCCUGUAAGCUCCGCCUCCGACGCUCUCAGAACACUUGCUGUCGGCUGAAUUGACCGUUUAACUCUUUGUACUGCAGAUAUUUAUUUCUCUUAAUCAGUGAAGUAAACAUGGUCUGUUUCUUACA